AUGGACAUAUCUGUCACCUUGACAAGAAUGUCACUUCUUUUUCUUUCUCUCCUCUUCACUCUAAGCUGCCAUUCACAGGCUGAUUUAAUUGGCGACCCAUGCAAGAAAACUCUAUAUCCAUAUCUUUGCAUUUCAACUCUAAGAUCAAACCCUAGUAGCUUAGCUACAGAUGUUAAAGGGCUUGCUCGUAUCAUGUUUUAUGCUACAGCGGUUAAAGCAACUGCUACUCUCAACCAAGUAAACGUGCUACUCAAAAAGACAAAUGAUGCUGUUCUAAUAGGAGCUCUCGAAAACUGUGCCUUGGAGUAUGCAAGUGCUCUUGAUGAUAUAUUUAAGGCCAUUAAGAAUGUGGGCUCAGAUAUAUUUGCAGUUAAAGGAGUAGCCGCUGACCUUGUUACUGAGGCUCAAGAUUGUGAGGAUACAUUUACUGACGGACCAGACAAGAGAAAAUCGCCAUUAACAGUGGAAAAUGAUGUUUUGGGAGAUUUAGCGGGACUUGUUAUUGAGAUUGUUGACUCUCUUGGUUGAGACUC